CCAACAUCAGCUCUCUUCUCGCCGUAUGGAAAUACUUACGUUUUGAAUCCCAACACGUUUUAUAUACCUCUCCAACUCAGACGGAUUCUACCACGUGGAUGGUUUAUGUUUUUUAACACACCAUAUCUCCGCCUGAUGCUCGCCGCUUUCACUUGUAACAUGAUAUAUGAUAUAUGCUUUGUGCAGUAUAUUGUAUUAAGUUAAAAACACACUUCUGUCUAUGGGUCGAUGAAGACAGUUUGGAUAGGGUUGCUGUUUGUGGUUUUUUAAAGCAAACGCUUUUGUCAAGUCUUAAUAAUUAAUCAGUGAUAUAUGGAUACUUUUCAUUGAAGACAUUUUAUUGUAUAAACAACAAAAGGAUUGGAAAAACGUUUGCCAGCUUACUAGGCCCUCUUCUACAUACGGAUGUACGUCCAGUAAAAUGACACGGACAGCUUCGAUUGACCAGAAGAUUGAUGGCCUUGAUUUGUACUAAUUCCAAAAAGGGAGUUAACAACCCGAGGAAUGGAGCGUUCAAUGCGUUACAAUACUGAAACUGUUGUUGGUCCAUUAUAGCAGUGUAUCUAGGAGUGAUAGAUACAACUUGACGUAUGGUCUGUCUUGCGAUAGCACCUUGUAUAUGAAGUCCUGAAAAUCCAGAGGAUAUAUAUUAUAUAUAUAUGUUUUCGAGUUAUGGAUAUAUUAGUAUACGUUACAAACUUGGCGUCAUAUACUUUGAAGUUAUCUGGACAGUACUGAAGUUUGGAGCUUUUACAAGGUAAAGUCCGAUCAAAAUUCCAUAGUGAUCCACGGGAUGGAAAACGAGACCCACCACGAAUUCAUGGCUUACCUGGCUCAAGUUAAAAAGACGGAAUGCAUUCCGGAUUCGGAUGGGCGAAAUUGUUCGAGCGGUGAACGAAUCCAGACCACGGCAUCCAAUGAGAUCGUGAUUUGGACACCGGAAGUGAUUCAACGAGUGACGUCGUUGGUGUUCAUAAUGGUCUUGACCCUUGUGGGAAAUACCAUAAUAAUCAUCGUUCUUACCUGCAGCAGGUACAGAAAGCGGAACAGCAGGGUGAACGUGUUUAUAAUAAACCUGGCCAUCGGUGACCUGACUGUGUGUUUCUGCACGAUGACCACAGAGAUAUUGUUCGUGGCGUUCGGGGAGUGGGUGCUGGGCCCCGUAGCGUGUAAACUGUUGACGUAUUUACAAAUAGUCACACUAGCCAGCACCACCUUUAUCAUGACAGCGAUGAGUUUCGAUAGAUUCAUGGCGAUCUGUCAGCCAUUGAUAUACAGGGCUACAACAUCUCGUGCAAAACAGAUGAUACUGAUUUCAUGGAUCAUGGCAUUUGUCUUCGCCAUUCCACAACUGUUUAUAUUUGUCCAAGUGGUGGACCAAGAAAUGACUGGUACCCGUGUCCACUACGCUUGCAAAAGCCGGGGAUACACGGCAGCCUGGCAGCGCAAGUUAUACUUCACUUUCAUGACCGCCUACAUCCUCGUCAUCCCCGCCAUUCUCAUAUCCUACUGCUACGUCAACGUCGUGCUCGUGGUGUGGCGGCAGGGCAAGAUGAUAGCAUCGUCCCACAGAGAUAACGGCACUCUGAGGAGAGCCAUGGUCGACAAGAAAGCCAUUCCUCGGGCGAAAAUUAAAACCAUCAAAAUGACCUUUAGCAUUAUCGCCAGCUUCGUUGCCUGUUGGACUCCAUAUUUUGUGACGACGUUGAUUCGCAUUUACAGUGAUUACAAGUACAAGAUUCCACAGACGGUAAUGGUGUUCGCAGAGACCGUUGCCCUUCUACAGAGCGCCCUUAAUCCCCUUCUUUACGGAUUCUUCAGCAUAAAGCUCAAGAGAGGACUCAUGGAAGUGUUCUGUCCCCACAGACUUGUGGCGCGCAAGAUGAGCAUGCGAAGUGGCGGCGCCUCGGAGUGUCUCUCCGCCACGGAGGAGUACAACAUUCUUCACAGGGUGAACAAACAGAACGUACACCGGUUCAGAGAGUCCGUGUCGAACUCGAGCAGCGGGUCGCACCACGAAAGGGGGAAGUCGAUGAUAAUCACGGAAGAGAACCAGAAUGGAUUUCGCUUGAGGGUGCGCUUCGCUUCCAAAGACGUUUCCAGGAGCGACAAAAGCUCGGUGUCCGACGCGGUCGACUAUCGUUCUGGGGACGAUUAUCACAUUAAGUCGUCUUGUAUGUGAUUGCCAUUAGUUGUUGAUCAAUGCUCAUUAUAUGUGAUGUUUUUCGUUGAUGAUCUUGUUAUCGGUAUAAAUGAUAAUGCCAAUGGUGUAUUUA